CCGCGCCUCUCGUCUGUCAGCCCCAGCCGAAGGGAAAGGGGGGAAGAGGAGGGGAAAAAAAGCAGCUCCAAGAUUUGAACUCAGGUUCUCCUGACUCCAGGUCCAGUGCUUUCCCACUACCACUCAGCCUCUAAAAGGAGUUAAAACAGACAAUCUGCUUCAUCUUGAUUCUGCAGCAUUCCAGGAUAGAAGUGUCCUUGGGGCUCUUUCUUAACAUUGAUAUGGUACAGAAGAUUUAAAAUCAGCUGAUGUUCACAAGGAAUAGAGUCACGUGAUGUAUGAAGGGAAACACAUACACUUCUCUGAGGUUGACAAUAAGCCCUUGUGCUCAUAUAGCCCCAAACUGUGCAAGCAGCGGCGGCUCAACGGCUACGCUUUCUGUAUCAGACACGUUCUGGAGGACAAGACUGCCCCCUUCAAGCAAUGUGAAUAUGUGGCCAAGUAUAACAGCCAACGCUGCACCAACCCCAUCCCCAAAUCUGAGGAUCGCAGGUACUGCAACAGCCACUUGCAGGUACUUGGCUUUAUACCGAAAAAAGAGAGGAAGAAAAAGAAUGACCCAUUAGAGGAGGCGAAGGCCAGGCACCAGAUGGAUACCAUGGCCUUCAGCCUGACGGUGCCCACCCUGGCCUUGAAGAUGCCCAAUGGACUUGAUGGAAUGUCCCUGUCACCACCAGGGGCAAGGGUCCCUCUCCACUACCUGGAGACAGAGUUGGAAGAUCCUUUUGCUUUCAAUGAGGAAGAUGAUGACCUAAAGAAAGGGGCAACCGUGAGGAAGAAGUUGCAGAGUAAGCUGGCUCAGAAUCGGCAACGCCAGAGAGAGACAGAGAUUUUAAAAGUCCGCCAAGAGCACUUUAGCCCCCCUCCUGCACCUUUGCAGCAGCAGCCUCCGCAGCAGCACGCCCAUCUGCCACCUUUAUCGACUUCUUUAAAGCCUCCAGGGCUGCCGCAGGGUCUGGUCUGCAAGUCCCCUCCACCUCAGAACACCAGCCUACCAAUGCAGGGAGUGGCACCCACCACACACACUAUAGCACAAGCCAGGCAGUCGUCCCAGAAGAGACCCCUGCCUCUCCCGCCCUCCGGUAGGGCUCCUGCUGCGGACCCGCCCCGGACUGACCGGGUCCUCAUGAAAGCCACAGCCUUCUCUCCACACUCAGCUUGCAUGAGUCGGCUGCAGAGACUGGUGAAACUGUGCACUCGGAGACGGCAGCUGGACACAGAUCUGUUUCCCCAUCUAGGGCUGGACUGGUCUGAAGAUAGUGGAGAAGAAUUGGAGGAAUCAGAGCAAGCCUCGCCAUACCAGGUUGCAUGGUCCAUCCGAGAAACCCUCAGAUAUGAGAGACAAGAGUCAGAUGAUGAUGAUACAGACAGCAGGAGUUCGAGGGUGACCCAACUUUGCACUUAUUUUCAGCAGAAAUAUAAGCACCUCUGCCGCCUGGAGCGGGCAGAAUCACGUCAGAAGAAGUGUCGGCAUACAUUUCGAAAAGCCUUGCUGCAGGCGGCCAGUAGAGAACCAGAAUGUGCUGGGCAAGUGAUACAGGAACUCCGAAAAGCUGCAUGCACUCGAACCAGCACAAACCGGGCUCAAUUGAGGGAGGUGGAACCAGUACCAUGUAGUGGAAUGGUGAAGGGGGAACCAUGCACUAAUAAAGCUCUUCCGUUCACCAGACAUUGUUUUCAACAUAUCCUCUUGAACCGAUCUCAGCAGCUCUUUUCCAGUUGCACAGCUAAGUUUGCCGAUGGACAGCAGUGUUGUGUGCCAGUUUUUGACAUUACGCACCAGACACCUCUGUGUGAAGAACAUGCCAAAAAAAUGGAUAAUUUUUUGAGAGGAGAUAGCUCCCGUAAAGUUCAGCACCAGCAGCAGAGGAAACCCAGGAAAAAAACAAAGCCACCUGCACUUACCAAAAAACAUAAGAAGAAAAGAAGACGUGGACCACGUCGGCCGCAGAAGCCCAUUCCCCCUGCAGUGCCCCAAGGAAACCUCAGCAUGCCCACCAGCGUCUCACUGCCAUUGGAAAUCUCCCAGCUGCGGAGCCCUUCCACACCGGAGCUGAGUACUGACGAGCUGCCUGAUGACAUUGCCAAUGAGAUCACUGACAUUCCACAUGACUUGGAAUUAAAUCAGGAGGACUUUUCAGAUGUCCUGCCACGGCUACCCGAUGACUUACAAGAUUUUGAUUUUUUUGAAGGUAAGAAUGGAGACCUCCUUCCUACAACAGAAGAGGCGGAGGAACUCGAGCGGGCUUUGCAGGCUGUAACUUCCCUUGAGUGCCUGAGUACCAUUGGAGUACUUACCCAGUCAGACGGGGUGCCGGUUCAGGAGCUUUCAGAUAGAGGCAUAGGGGUGUUCUCCACGGGUACUGGAGCUUCAGGAAUGCAGUCCUUGAGCCGGGAAGUAAACACAGACCUUGGGGAGCUGUUGAACGGGCGCAUCGUGCACGAUAACUUCUCCAGCCUAGAGUUGGACGAGAACUUGCUCCGUUCUGCUACCUUGUCCACCCCGCCGACGCCCCUGGCAGGGCAGAUCCAGGGCCAGUUCUCGGCCCCAGCCACUGUCGGCCUUACUCCGGCUACUCUGAUAAGCCAGAGCUCGCUUGGGGAGAGAGCCUUCCCAGGACAGUUUCACGGACUUCCUGACGGCAGCCAUACCUCCCAGAGGCCACAUCCUGCCCAGCUGCUGAGCAAGGCAGACGACCUAAUCACCUCACGACAGCAAUAUAGCAGCGACCAUUCACACUCCUCGCCCCACGGAAGCCAUUACGACAGCGAGCACGUGCCGUCUCCCUACAGCGAUCACAUCACCUCUCCCCACGCCACCACCUUCUCCGGUGAUAACAUGGCAGCUACCUUCUCAGCAGAAAUGCCCAUCAUGGCGCAGCACUUGCUCCCAACCCAGCUGGAGGUGCCCCUGGGUGGGGUGGUGAACCCCAGAACUCACUGGGGCAACCUCCCCGUCAACCUCGCUGACCCUUCUCCGUUCAGCAACCUUCUCGGCGCAGAUGGACACCUCCUCUCCACGUCCCUGUCCACGCCACCCACCACCUCGAACUCAGAGACCACACAGCCUGCCUUCGCCACCGUGACCCCGAGCAGCUCCAGCGUGCUUCCGGGGCUGCCCCAGACCAGCUUCAGUGGCAUGGGGCCGCCUUCUGCCGACCUGAUGGCCUCCACCUCUCCUAAGCAGCAGCUCCCCCAGUUCAGUGCAGCCUUUGGCCACCAGCUGAGUUCCCACAGCGGCAUCCCGAAGGACCUGCAGCCCAGCCACAGCUCGAUAGCCCCUCCCACAGGCUUCACGGUCACAGGGGCCACUGCGACAAGUACCAAUAAUUCAUCUUCUCCCUUCAGCACCCCUAACUGAGCGGCGUGUCUGUGUGUGUGCAGGCAGCUGGGGACCACUGAAGUAAGCUCUAUAUGCACCCAGAGUUCCCCAUGGAAAAUUUUCAACAUGCAGUGCAGAAGGCUUCAAUGCAGCUAAAUGCCACACCAUUGCUUUUACUUUGGGAGUAGACUGAUUUGCCCUGAAAUGACUCCAAUCUUCAGCAUUAAGGUACAGUUGGUUCCAAUGGAUCAAUGCUGCAAUGAUGGAAAGUUUGAUACUUGUUGAUAGUAUCUUCAUCUGCUUGGAUGGGUUGAACUAGUUCCUCUGAACAGUGAUGAUUAUUUUCACUGUACAGUUUGAGUAUGUCUCAGGGAUUCCUUGUGGAAAUAAGGGCAAUUUAAUAAAAAAAAACAAAAAACAAAAAACUAAAUAGUUUUAAAACAAAAUAAAGGUAGAAUAUCAUCAAAGAGAGCGCAAGAAAGAGAAAACACAUUGAGUUUUGUAGUCCGCAGUGUCUUGUCUAGGGACUCUUGCUUUCUCCUUGGGGCUCUCAUCUCAAUUUCAGCAUACAGAAUAUUUUCCCAUCACGCUCAGCUUUAAAAGUUUUAUUUAAAAGUUCCCUUCCCCAAUGAGCUUUCAGAAUACUUAUUGUAGAUUUUAAGAGAAAAAGGUAUAUUAAUUUAUGCUAUUAACAUCACCUCAUAAAUUAUAAGUUUUAUACUAAAGCUGUAUUGAGUGUAAUGAAUUAUGUUUCCUAUGUGUUUUAAUAGCUAUAAAAUUAUAUACAAGCUUUUUUUUUUUUUUUUUUUUGGUGAAAAACAAACUAGUGAAGCACCUUUUUACACUGGAUCUCUGCCGUGUCAAGGUGUAUAGCUAUUCUUUGCUACCUUGCAGAUAUAUAAAAUAAAAUGGUAUCCUGCAGCCACAAAAUGUAGAACAUCUUUUAGCCCAUUUAUUACUGCUCAUAGAAUUCUUGAGUAUUUCAUUCUUUAGUAAAUGAUCGUGGUUUACACUUAAGACGGCUAGAAGCUUAGUUACAGGGUAAAUAGAAAUACAUAGAUCAAAUAAAAACUCCAACUACUGUAGCUGGAAUUGUGAACUAAGUUUGUAAGACCUCUUUUUUUUCCUAUAGAUUUAUUCUUUAAUUUACAGUUCAUUCUGUAAGUUGGGAAAUCAAAAAGAGAGAAAAUGUCAAAUCUAGAUGUUCUCAGUGUCUUAUUCAGGAACUUUUUACCCCUCCUCACUAAGGAAUUCCCACUGUGACUUAAAAAUAGAAUUAAAUUACUUGUGUGCAUGUAUGUAUUUGUGUUUUACACACAUGCAAAAAUAUGCAUUGGGGGAGUGUGUGUGUGUGUGUGUGUCUGUGUGUGUGUGUGUGAGAGAGAGAAAGAGAGAAAGAGAUGUAUGUGUGUGUAAGGUAAAAUAGAGAAAAGUAGCAACACAAGGUGAUGGAAUGUAUUGUAGAAAUAUGAUUUAUUUAGUUGAGGGGAUUGGACUUAUUUUCUCAUUGUCACUAUUGUAUAAAUACACCAAAUUCUUUAUUAUGUUUUGUUAAAAGGCUAGCUCUGAUAUCAUGUGCUUUUUAUUUUAAAUCUUUUGAUUGACUUACAUUGUGUUCCAUUUUUUUUAAAAUGGCAUGAGAAAUACCAGGCUCUAAGACACCCUUCUAUCCCCUCUUUUUUUUUUUUUUUUUUUUUUUUAAAUGAGAGAGAGGAAAUGAAGUGUUAUCUGUAUUUUAUUGUGGGGUAGUGGGACCAGAUAUCCGUUGUAAAUUUUUAAGUUAAUAGUAAAUUACUUUAUACUCUAACUUUGAAAACAUUGUCCAUCAUCCUUAUUUCAAUUUGACAGGUAUUGUGGUUGGCAUUUUUUUUUAAGGAUGCCAUUUUCAUAGGUGACUGCUUUGUUUUCCUGAGGAGUUGGUGGGAUCAUUUCAUUAUGCUUCAAAGCUAGGGAAAGUUUAAAUUAUUUUAAACAUAUUUUUAUCUCAACUGGGCUAUCCAUUUUGGAUUUAGGACAAUUUUAUUUCCCAUAUUUUGUCCAAGGGGAUGAUGAUGCUUUCUCUUAGAACUUUAUCUAAGAGUUAACUUCAAAUGAGACAUUCCUAUUUAUUUUGGUUUUUAAAGUCAUUGUUCUGUUGUACUUCACUGUAAUAUCCAGCAGUCUGAAGUAAUUAAAACCAUAGAUGUUACUGAAUUUCUCAUUCAUAUUUUUAAUAAUGAAAAUCAUGUAUUUUAAAAAUCUUUUAAAACAGCUUCUCGUAAUACACAAAUAUUUGAUUUUGAAGCCACAUUUAUUUAAUGCAAUCAAAACCUAGAAAAGCUCUGUAUGUGGUUCUUUUUACAGUUGUACUUUUCCAGCAUCUCCCAAGUUCACUCUCUCUGUGGAUUUUUAGAAAAUUUUUGUUUCCUGCAUAUUUCUUGUACAUAAGCAUGCAAAUGAAAGAAGAGAGUUUGUACUGGUGCCAUUCUCCCUUCAGUUGUUUGUGAUGGGAUUUACCAAAAUAAAUUCCCCAUUCAUCAAUGGAGGGAAAAAGACCCUUUUAAUGUAUAUUUGUACAGAGAUGUGUAUAUCAGAUGUGGUAGCACUUUGCUGAAUGUAAACUUGCCCUUGUCAAUGGAAAGAUUAAAAGUAUUAUGUUUAUUUAUACAUUUGUAUAAUCUAAAUCUAUAUAUACACGUAUGUAUAUGUGUGUAUAUAGAUAGAGCUAUAUACAUAUAUUUCCCCAAAAGUGUGUGUAUAAUAGAUAAAUAGACUUUGUUAAAAAAUAGAUUAAUAUGUCAGCGGUGGGAUUCUAGAUCAAACUGUAAACCAGAUAAAAUUCCUAUCUAGGGCACAUCACCAUAACUCUCUAGGAUAGAAAUCCCUUGGGUUAUCGUCUUUUUUCUGUUUAUAAUCAAUUGAUGCCCUAUAAAAAAUUAUUUCUAUUGUCCGUUUCCCCUGGUCCUAAUUACCAUCAUCACCAACUGUUGUUCACUUUUAUCAUUUAAAAGUUUAACUUCAAAUCUCCUCUCACUUUAAUCACUUCCAUUCUAGCCCAGAAUAUUUGGUUUAACCAUCCUGUCUUUCAUUGAUAUCACUGUUGUUUGUUCCUUUAAAAAAGGCCUUUAUUUCAGAGGUUUCCUAGAAAAUUGAGGUCUCAAUAACAUACACUGCACAGAUUUGGGAAGGUGGGUUUAAAUUUUGUCUUAUUUGAAAGAAAUGUCCCACCAUUUUAGGAAUUUUAUCUAGAAAAUUUUAUAAAGUUGUUGCUGAAAGAGUAAGAAUUGUAACAGUUAAAGCUUUUUAUAAGUUAUACUACUGUCUGUAGAGAAAACAUGUUUAUUCCCUCCUUUAUUCUCUUGUUAAUUUGGCAUUUGAAAAUUUUGGUUCACAUUAUAGUUAACUUGACAUUUUCACUUCCUUUUUCAAUGACAGUUAAAAGCUUAUUCAACCACAUGUUAGCCUCUUAAAAUCUGUGGCUAACCCAUGUUCUUAAUUCAUGUUAUAAUUGCUCUUUAAAUUCUCAUCUCUUUCUAGUGAAAUCUCAUUCUUAUGUGAUAAAUUCUUGGCAAUAUGGCCUUUGAUAUUCUUACAAUAGUGAUGUUGAGUUUUAACUUUGCUGCAGUUUUAUAGAAAACUUACAUCCAUUUAUAAUUGUGCCUUCUAAACUCUUAUGCACACACUAAACAAAGUGUAUAUAUACAUGUUGGAGCAUGUGUACAUAUACUAGCAUAUAUACUCACACAGUAUGUCUUUAGUAUAUAUUAUGUGAGUGAAUAUAUAGAUAUUCAGAGGCAAUGAAUAAUUGUUCUCUUGAUAUAUACUCAUGCAUAUGUAUAUUAAUAUAUGUAUAUAAGUAGUGUGGAUAUACUGUAUAUACACAUGUAUAUGUAUGAGUUUUGGACGGCAAUCUUUUACAUUUAGCAAAAUGCUGCCCCUCCUGGAAUAUUGUCCCUGCAGUGGCAGGUGUAUGUAACAAAUUGUCAAAAAUGUAACAUUAUAAAAAGUUAUUUAAAAAACAUUUUAAAAUUUUAAAUCAUCUAAAGUCAUUGGGAAAUUAUUUAUUUAUUAUUUUUUAUUUGUUUCCUUGCUGUUGUUGCUAUAAAUUAAAUCAUAUGGGAAGCAUUCCUAAAAGUUGUCAUCUAUUCAAAGGGAGUGAGAGAGAGAGCUGGAGGUGCACUUGAAGAACUUAUGUGGUUUUUCCUGUCUCUCAAACAGAGAUGUGCUCCAACCAGUCUGGUCAUUUCAAUUACGAAGAUACCCUAACCUUUCCUUUAGUACACUUUGUCUACUAUCCCCUAGAUCAAUAGUGGUCCACCAUUGGUUGCCUGUUUAUUUCAUUAAUAUAUAAUGAUAACUAAAAUUGAUUUGACUGAGGAGAGUUAAAUAUUCUCCUCCUGCUGCAGGGAGAAAAUAUCACCUCAUUGUUACCUAGCCUUGCUCAAAGUACACCUUAGAGAGUGUGGAUUUCUCAUGAAGCUGUCUGAAGCGAGCCUUUCACUUAUUUAAUUAAAAGUUAUCUUCACUAAGAAUUCUGUUAAAGGAAUUUUGAGACUGUUCAUACUGGACAUAGGCCUAAUUCUUCAUUAGACCCACAGCCUCAAGUGUUUUUCAGUGAUUUAUCAUGCUGAUUGCAAGAACAUUAAGAAAACUCCUUUAAUUGCCGUUUGAUUUUGUGAUCGAAUGGCAGAACAGAUUACCUCCUCAAGACUUAACAGAGAAAAAGGUAGAUGGACAAUCGUAAAUUUCAAGAUGCUACAGAAAACUGUGGAUUUGAGAGUAUUCCUUAUGACUGUUCGAGAGAGGUUUGUGUUUCUGUCAUUUGAAAAGUUAGCCUAGCCACAACCAGGUAUCAGAAGCAGCCUUACAACAAAAAGCCUCAUGGGAGUUGUUGAGCUGCUAGAAUGCUAUAGAAUAUGAACCAGUUGCAGUGGGGAAGGCAGUAGGAGGUAGCACGCCUGGAACAGUGAACGACAGCUUGCACACUUUCAUUUUCUUUCUUUCUCUUUUUUUUUUUUUUUUAAAGUAGCUGCACGGUAGCAAGGACUAGCAGUCCUUUCCCUCAAUCCUUCUUUCUCAUUGUCCCCUUUCACCUUGGCACACAAAAUCUGCUAAUACGCCAUACAUUGAAAAUGCUCACAAAAACCCCCAGAAAAAUAAUAAUUGCUUAAAGGGAACAUACAAACUUUAAUUCUCCUCUGUAUUAGUAGUGGCUGAAAGCUUAGUUAGUGUGCACACAAACCCAAUGUCAUUUGUUUCUGCAGAGAGCGCUUUGAAAUAAUGUGUGGGAGCAAGAUGAGGAGAGAAAUGGUUUUUGGCCAGAGCCCCCAGUUCUGAUCAAAAUUCAUACCAGUGGCUUUUAAAGCAGGUGUGCUGGAGGACCACAUUUUGGGAGCAGGGAGGCUUCUGGUUUGUAUUUUCCCUUUAAACAAGAAGACUUGGCUCACAUUUUCCAUAUAUAUCUCAAUGAAUGUACUGUAUGACCAUUUUAAAAAAAUUUGAUGAAAUAAUAAUGGAUUGGUCUCCUUUUGUUAUCUGGUCCUUGUUUAAUUUGUUUAAGGGUUUUUGUAUACAAAAGUUUACAUUUUUAUGUAUAUUUUUCUUGUGUAAAAACUGAUGUAAUAUGUGUAUAAAACACUGUAUGUAUUAUCUGUAUAUAGUGUGACAAAAUGAUUUUUCUUUCUUUCUUUUGGAUGUAUUAAUAAAUCUUGCUGUGAAAUA